AUGGCCACCCCGUCGCCCCCCCGCAUGAACGUGAUCGAAAAGAUCCUGUGCCACCACGCCGUGGGCCUCACCGCACCCCACGUCCGCGUGGGUGACGUGCUCUGCGUCAAGGCCGACUGGACCAUCGCCAGUGAACUGACGUUCCAGACGAUGGACACGAUGCACGCGGCGAUCGGGCGCCCGCCGCUGCAUCGGCCCGACCGGUUCUGGCUCGCGUUGGACCACACGGUGGACCCGCGCGUGAACCACUUGCCCAAGCAGAAGGCGCUCAUUGAAAUGUCCACCGCUUUCGCCAAAACGCACGGCGUCACGGACUUCCAGCCGGCGAACACGACGAUCAUGCACACGGAGUUUGCGCGCAAGCGCGCGCAGCCGGGACAGAUCAUCAUUGGCGCCGACUCCCACACGUGCAGCGCCGGGGGCAUGGGCGCCUUUGCGGCGGGACUCGGGGCCGGCGACGUCGUCAUGCCGCUUGUCACGGGGCAGACGUGGUUCAAAGUGCCCGAGGUGUGCUACAUUGAGUUCGUCGGGGCCCCGCACUUUGGCAUUGGCGGGAAAGACGUGAUCUUGCACAUCCUGGGCGAGCUCAAGCGCAACACCGUCGCCUUCGAGCGUGCCGUGUACUACGGCGGCUCAGGCCUCAAGUUCCUCUCGGACGACGCCCGCUUUGCUGUGGCCAACAUGAGCACGGAGUUUGGCGGCAUUGCCGGCGUCUUCCAAGCGGAUGCCAUUACGCAGCGCGUGCUCACGGGACGGGACUCGCACUUUGACGAGGCGCUGUUCUUUGAACCGGACGAAGGAUGCACUUAUGCUGCUCACCAUGUGAUCAACUUGGCGGACGUCAAGCCGUUGAUUGCCUUGUACCCGUCCCCGGACAAUUGUGUGAGUGUCCACGAGAAGGUCGGCAUGAAGCUCGACGGCUGUUUCAUUGGCGCGUGUACGACCACGCAAGAAGAUUUGAUCCUGGGCGCUAUGGUCUUGCAGCAGGCGAUGCUGGAUGGCAAGCGGCCGUCGACGACGGGCAACCGUCGCGUCACUCCGGGCAGUCUCGAGAUCAUUGCGAAACUCAAGGAACUGGGACUGCUGCGCAUUUAUGAGGAGGCGGGGUUCACGGUUGGUGUCCCGGGCUGCAGUUUCUGCGUCGGAAUCGGGGCAGAUGUGGCUGGAGAAGGAGAGGUGUGGCUCUCGAGUCAAAACCGCAACUUUCGCAACCGUAUGGGCCGCGGAUCGAUUGGGAACUUGAGCUCGGCGGCUGUCGUGGCUGCCUCGAGCUUUGACAUGGAGGUCGUGGACCCGCAGCCGUACUUGGACAGCCUGAACAAGGAAGACUUUGACCGCUACCGGAACUGGGUCCAGCCCGAUACCUCGACGCCGUCACCGGCCAAGGCCACCAAAGCGUACAAGGUGGCUGAGCCUCAGCCUGUGCUAGUUACUGGAGAAGAUGGCGAGAGCAAGCAGCAAGCAAAGGAGCAGGCUGCCGUUGCCGAACUGGAAGCUGCUCUGCCGCCCAAGUUUAGCGGUAAAGUGCAGCACUUUGGUGACAACAUCGACACGGACGCUAUGAUCCCGGCUCAGUUCAUGGGAUUGAACAAGUCGUCGCCGUUGUGGCCUGCGGAGUGUGAGACGGAGCUGGACGUGCUCGCUGCCAAGUCGUUCGCUUAUGUGCGUCCCGAGUUCCCGCAGAAGGUCAAGGAAGGCUAUAACAUUGUUGUGGCUGGCACGGCUUUUGGUAGCGGGUCGUCUCGUGAAGAGGCUGCGAUUUGCCUCAAAGCUGUGGGUGUGCAAGCCGUGAUUGCCAAGUCGUUUGCUUACAUCUACGCGCGCAACCAGCCGAACAAUGCUCUUUUGGGCAUUGUCGUGACGGACGAAAAGUUCCACGAGCUCGCGCAAGAGGGCGAAGAAGUGACUGUCGAUCUGCGCAAUCGAGUCGUGAGUGUGAAGGACCACCAGGUGGCGUUCUCGCUGACGCAGCUUGAGGAAGCGUUUUUGAACGGUGGUGGCUUGCAGGCGCUAUUCAAGCAGCACAAGGCCGACCUGUUCCGGGCUGCUAUGCGUGGCAAGGCUGCUAAGCCAAUCUCGUCGAGUGGUGUCGGCUGUGGUGAUGAGUGUGAAAGUGAGGCGGCAGCAUCCACUCCUUCGUGGUAA